AUGCCGACCGUCGCGACCGCCUUUCACGAGUUUGACGAGGCGUACAAGCGCUCCGGCCCCUGGUGGCGCGACCGAGGGCUCGUCACGCUCAACCUCGCCCUCCUCGUCAUCUACAUCACCCAGGGAAACAAUGGAUACGACUCGGCGCUCAUCUCGGGCUACCAGGCCAUGCAGCCUUGGCGAGCCGACCUCGGCAACCCUUCGCCGUCCAAGAUCGGGUUCCUCAACCUCGUCGCGUACUGCGCCGGCUUGUCGACCGCGCCCAUCGCCGCCUACGCGUCGGACCGCUGGGGUCGGCGCCUGUGCCUCCGGUACGCGGCCUUGACCAUGGUCGUCGGGUCCGUCCUGGGCACCUGUGCGGGCGAGGGCAACACGUCGGCCUACGGGCUCUUUCUGGGCUCUCGAGCGAUCAUUGGUUCGGGCCUCGCCUUUGCCGUCAUCAUCUCGCCCAUCCUCCUGCAAGAGCUGCCUCAUCCGUCGCAGCGCCAGACCGCCGCGAGCCUGUUCAACACGUGCUACAUCCUCGGCAGCAUCGUCGCGGCCUGGACCAUCUUCGGCACCGGGUCGCUCUCGACGUCUUGGUCCUGGCGCAUCCCUUACAUCAUCCAGAUCGGCCCCGCCAUGUUCGCCCUCGUCGCCGUCUUCUUCGUCCCCGAAUCGCCCCGGUUUCACCUCGGUCGCGGCGACGAGCAGGCCUGCCUCGACUUUCUCGUGCGGUACCACGGCAACGGCGAGGAGACCGAGCUCGUCCGGUUCGAGUACGAGGAGAUGAAGGACACGCUGCGCAAGGAGCGCGAGGCGACCCAGUUCGGGUGGUCGAUCCUGUGGGCGACGUCGGCAAAUCGGCGACGGACGGCGCUCGUCCUGUGGGUCGGCUUCUGUCAGUGCAUGUCGGGCCAGGCCAUCAUCACCUUCUACUACACGAGCAUCCUCUCUCUCGUCGGCUUGAAGGACACGCGGCGAGUAACAGGGAUCAACGGUGGCCUGCAGAUCUUCAACUGGAUGGCCUCUCUCCUCGGAGUGUGGCUCGUGCCGCGAGUACCUCGUCGCAAGCUCCUGAUGACGGCGUGGGUCGGCGUCUUGGUCUCGAACGUGUGGCUCAUUGUCGCGUCGGCCUUGUACGCCCAGAACGGCGGCAAAGGCGCAGGCAUCGCUGCCGUCGUCGCAGUAUGGCUCUACGACUUCUUCUUCAACCUCGUCUGCGGGCCGCUUUUCUUCAGCUACACGGCCGAGGUCCUCCCGUUCUACAUGCGCGCCAAAGGCAUGAUGGCCAACGCCCUCCUCACCAAGUCGCUCUCCAUCUUCAACUCUUAUGUCAACUCGGUCGCCCUCGCCUCGAUCGGCUGGAAGUACUACCUCGUCUACACCGUCCUCAUCGUCAUACAGCUCGCCGGGUGGUACGCCCUCGCCGUCAACACGAACGGGCUCACGCUCGAGGAGAUCGCGCUCCUGUUCGAGAAGCCCGAGGGCGCCGUUCCCGAUGUCGACCGCGCCGUCGCCGUCGCGCACCUCGCGCAUCUCAAGUCGAACAGCAAGUUUGACGACGAGAGCCUGAGGAGCCCGUCGACGCCAGGAGAGGGCCCGUCGUCGUCGUCGCUGCGGAAGUAGAGGUCUCUCGAGCCGUCGCCCCUGUUGUUGUCCCCUCUCGUCG